AUGGAUGUCGUCUUGCUGCCAGGAUCUGUUUACCAGCUCCAGCCACCGCCUCCUCCGGCGGACCAACCGCCUCCACCUCCACCGGAGGACCAGCCGCUGCUGAUCUUGCUGGGCCAAGCGGAGGAUCCUCCGGAAGACCAACCACCAGAUCCGCCGCCGCUCUUCCAGCCGCCGCCUGAGGAACCACCAGAUGACCAGCCACCUCCACCGCUGCCGCUCUUCCAACCGCUGCCCAAGCUGCUCAAAGCCUGGGACUUCCAACUGGAGAGACUGGACAGGGCACUGGAUAAUCCCGAGCUGCCGCCUGACUUCCAGCCGGAACUGCCGGAACUAGGCCAGCCAGAGGAUCCACCCGAGGACCAGCCGCCGGAGCUGCCUCCGGAUGGCCAGCCUCCUGAGCCGCCGCUCUUCCAGCCACCUCCAGAUCCACCAGAUGACCAGCCGCCGCCGCCGCCACCGCCGCUCUUCCAGCCUCCAGAUCCGCCACCGGAGGACCAACCGCCUCCACCGCUGGAUGGCCAGGCGCUGAUAAUGACCUUGCUGCCACCGGAUCCGCCCGAGGACCAGCCGCCACCACCGCCACCGCUGCUCCAGCCAUGUGGUUUGCCCUGGGCCACCAUGCAGCCCAGCACCACCAGCAGACCGAGAAGUCGAAGUCGUCGCGUUGUCAUCAUGGUUUGCAUCUCCGCAGCUGCCGUGCACUAA